AUGUCUCGCGGCGCACCCAAGCCCCCACCAUCGCACAAACUUACUUUUGCUACCAACAGCGUGCGUAACACUACGUUCGCCGAGGACAACAACAAACUCUACUAUGAGAUCGUUACUCGAUUUUGGCACCCUCACCUCACCAAAAUCAAUAGAUACGACUACGAAGCUCGUGUGGUCAACUGCGUCGCAGAGAUUGAGGAUCAACCUCAGAAGGAUGUGAAAGUCCGCUUCAACACGCCUGAUGCCGAGGGAGAGUGGGUUAGAGCUUGUGACUUUAUCAAGAAUGACGGUACAGCAAUUGGAGGUACCUUCGCCCACGAGGACGGCACUGAGUACCGCUGGAAAACACCCAAACGCAAUUUACAGCUCAUUAAAUCAGAUGACGAGGAAGAGGUCCCCGUCGCCGAAUAUCACCCAUAUAAACGACACUUUGGCGUCUGGCGCAUGUCGCAGCGGGCUUUCCUCGAAGUUAAGCCUGAAGCGUCUACUGCUUUGGACAGGAUUGUCGUGAGCUAUCUUCUACUGGAAAGACGCAGGCGUCAAGCAAAGAUCAAAGUCAAGUUGGAGACAAAGUAA